UGUAGACGUCAGUGUAACUGACCAAUUUGAAAUCCCUAGCUAGGCGACAUUGACGUUGCAGCAAUCAAAAUUGGAUUAAAACUGAAAAAGUGAAUCAUUUUCUAGACGUAAAUAAGUUAGCCUACACAUGGUCUUUGCUUCAGCGUAAUUUGACAUAGCAAUAGUUUCUACAUUUGAUCCAUGGUCUUUGCCUCAGCGUAAUUUGACCAAGCCAUAGUUUAUACAUUUGAUCGUGUAUAAAGUUGCGGUGCAAGUAGGCUAUAAGAUUUAACAUUGCUUGUACGUGAUCUAGCCUCAUUGUCGCUUCACUGAAAUAUGUUUCGUUUGUAAAUGAGUAUGAAGACGAGGAGACCGAAUGCUUUGGGAUUUUGAGAACCCUGACAUGUCUGGUCCUACCUGGCCACCUCCGAAGACUCUGGGUAGCCCAGAGAGACCGGACCCCCCGAUGUCCCAAUCUGGACCAGCCGUGAACAGACAGCCGCCCAAGAAGGUCUCUUUGGACCCCUGGCCCAAAUAUGUGGUUUAUGACCAGAACGGAGGGGGAGGAAUGGCCACUAGGUACAUGGCAUCUGGACCCACAGCUGGGCCCAUGCAGCACCACCACCAAGAGGACCCAAGGUUUCACCCUAAAUCUAAUGACCUCUACUACCAACCAUCUCCCCACGGUCUCAAAGAAGACCAGUCCUUGAACCCUCAUAUGGACCGAUUCCAGCUGAUGCACCGGGGACAUCCUGAGAAGCCGAUUGGACACCACUCCAACAUCGAUGCAGAGAUUAACUCGCUCACCUGCAUGCUGGCUGAUCUGGACAGCCAUCCACAAAACAGCGCACAGCUGUACAACAACGUGCCUUACAACAAACACAUCUCAGGGGACCGAUACAAACCCUCAGCCCAGCCAGGAGAACCUUCUCAGAGCAGGUCAUCCAUGGGAUUCCCCCCUCACCCCCAACCCCAGGCCCAGUACCCUCCUGCACCCUCAUACCCCAGCGAUCCCCAGCAGGGUCUCCAGUACUUCCCCCAGCCAGACUACAUCGACACCCAGGUCUCCAAACGCUACCCCCAGCCUGUCCCUGCCUCCUACACUACCGCCUCCACCCCUACUGGCCCGAGGUUCAGUGUCCAGGUCAAAACAGCCCAGCCUGUCACCUACUCCCAGACUGGUAGGCAAGCCGAGCAGGCUUACACCCCUCCCCCGCAACGCCAGCACGCGUUGUGGCCCCCGUCCCAGAAUCAGACUGGCCCCCAGAGCUGGUACACUCCCCACCCCGCUUCCCAAGCCCAGGAGCUGCACUCUGAGAGGGGUUACAAGGGGAGUGCCGCAGGGUCUGGAGGGAGAGCUACCCAGUGCCCCACAUCCAAUAGAGGCCCAGAGACUCACCAAUCAGGGUCAGGCUCGGCACCAAGCUCCACCUAUCAGCCCAGCAAGCAGGGGACAGCAGCUCCGAGGCCAGAGGAGGAGUUGGACCAGCUGACUAAGAAGUUGGUGUAUGACAUGAGUCAUCCCCCUACAGAGGAAUACUUUGGUUGCUGUGCACGUUGCGGUGACAACGUCCUUGGCGACGGCAGCGGCUGUAUUGCCAUGGAGCAGGUGUUCCACGUGGAGUGUUUCACUUGCGUCACCUGCCACGCUCAUCUCCGGGGGCAUCCGUUCUACGCCCUGGACAAGCAGAGCUACUGCGAGAGCUGUUACAUUAGUAUCCUAGAGCGCUGCUUCAUGUGCUCCAAGCCCAUCCUGGACCGUAUCCUGCGGUCCAUGGGCAAUGCCUACCACCCGCGUUGCUUCAACUGUGUGGUGUGUGGCUGCUGCCUGGACGGCGUGCCCUUCACCGUGGACGCCACCUACCAGAUCUACUGCAUAGACGACUUCCACAGGAAGUUUGCCCCUCGCUGCUCAGUGUGUGGCCAGGCCAUCAUGCCCGAGCCGGGCCAGGAGGAGACGGUCAGGAUAGUGGCGCUGGACCGCAGCUUCCAUGUCAACUGCUAUGUGUGUGAGGAGUGUGGUCUGCUCCUGUCGUCUGAGGGUGAGGAGCGAUGCUGUUACCCCCUGGACGGUCACAUCCUGUGUAAGGGCUGCAGUGCCCGGUGCAUCCAGGACCUCUCGGCUAAAAUCUCCACUGACUGCUAACUGACCAUGGGGAAGUCACAUCUUACCUUUAACCUAUGACCCCCUCAAACCCUUCCAUUACUUUAACCUGCUCUGCGGUAGAAGUUGCCGUAAGGAACAGAUCUGGAAUCAGUUCUACCCCUCUGACUCAUAAUCUUAACCACAAGGGGGAAAUGUUAACCUGACUUGAGAUCAGUCUUGAAGGGUAACUUCAUCCCCCUUCACUUUCAUCCUCUCAUAGCCUUUCUUUAUUCUUUUGAUGCCCAAAGCUGAGGAAUCAGUAGUAGUAGGCUUACUAUUGAACCUCAAUCUGAUCGUCUUCAAUAUGAAGUCAUUAUUUAAUUUCAUUUGACCAGGUUUAUUUGUACAGGGUAUUGAAACAUGGAUUGACAGUAAGUUCGACCCCUAUCCCCUUUCCUUAUCCUCUGCUUUACACUAUCACCUAUCCUCUAUAAUCUCUAUCCCUACUCCCGUUCCACUACACCCUAUCCCCUACCCCUCAGUCCCAUACCAGUACUGUAUAGAGCCCCUGACCUGCAGGCAGCAGGGGCUGCACUACCCUAAACCCUUGACUGCACCACUGCUCAUCUCACACACUAUCCUGCAUGUUGCACACUAUAGCUGUGUUUGAGUGCUCAUACUAACCAUACUAUUUGUCACGUGAAUUGAGUAUAUAGUAUGCUUAUUGGUCAUAGUAUGGAUAUAGUUAGUAUGCCAAAUGUUCCUGGAUGUCUUACUAAAUACUAAAUGGUAUCUUGCACCAAAAUAAGAAGUAUACACGCAGAGGACAUGGUUCCCGUACUUUAAGGCCCAUAAUGCAAUUCAUGAAAUGGGCGUGGCUUCACAUCGUUUUCAGAUUUGAAGAAAAUGGCGGAAAAUAUGCAGCCGAAGUACAGUGAGAGCGGAUACAAAUUCAUUGCUAUAACUAAUUAUGACAAAAGUUGAUCAAUGUAAUUACUUUUUAAAUAGUUACCUUACACGUUAUGUUGGCCGACAAUUUGUUAGAUACGCUGGCCCACAUAGCACAUGGGUGUCAGGUAGCCUAGAGGUUAGUGUUGGGCCAGUAAACGAAAGGUUGCUGGAUCGAAUCCCUGAGCUGACAAUGUAAAAAUCUGUCUUUCUGCCCCUGAACAAGGCAGUUAACCCACUGUUCCCCUGUAGGCCGUCAUUGUAAAUAAGAUUUUUAUUUUUUAUUUUUUUUAUGACAAUUACAACAAUACUGAAUGAACACUUAUUUUAACUUAAUACAUCAAUAAAAUCUAUUUA